UGUAUGACAACGAGGGACUACGGUCAUGGAAGUGGUGUAUUUUGAUUGGUUGGACUACCUCGUCUUCGGGGCGAUGCUUCUGCUAUCUGCCCUUAUCGGGGUGUACUUCGCUUUCUUUGCGAAACGGAAGCAGAACACCACAUCGGAAUACCUCAUGGGCGGGAAGACGAUGGGCAUGUUUCCCAUAUCCAUGUCACUGAUUGCCAGCUACGUCUCCGGUAUUUCGCUGCUUGGUCUACCAUCCGAAAUGUACACAUACGGGACUCAACUGUGGGCGAUCGUAUUAUCCGAAUGGAUAGUGUCAGUCACUAUAGCUAUUGUGUAUUUACCUGUGUUCUAUAACCUACAAAUCACAUCUACUUAUGAGUACUUACGACUUCGCUUCAACCAAAACGUUCGCCUCUUGGGAUCAAUAAUAUUCAUCAUAAAAAUGAUGCUAUAUAUACCUAUUGUGAUAUACGUUCCUGCACUUGCUUUCAGUCAAGUGACUGGCAUAAAUCUGCAUUUGAUUACCCCGAUAGUUUGCAUCGUGUGUAUCUUCUACACUACAUUAGGUGGAAUUAAGGCUGUUGUAUGGACGGAUACACUACAAACAAUUCUGAUGUACUUUGGCGUGAUAUUUGUUUUGGUGUACGGUACGUGUCGUUUGGGCGGAAUCAAUGAGGUUUUCAGAAUAAACCAGGAAGGCGACCGUUUGGAUUUCUUCAACAUGGAUCCGGAUCCAACGAUUCGGCACACAUUUUGGACAACCGUCGUCGGAAACUAUUUCAGCUGGCUUGCUUCGUGUUCCGUCAACCAGGCUAUGGUGCAAAGAUGUUUGGCGCUUUCUUCGUUGAAAAGAGCACGCAUAACAAUCUUCAUAAUGGCCGCCGGUAUAUAUGUAAUCGUCUCUCUCUGCUGCUACACCGGCCUCGUGAUCUACGCCACGUUCGCCACCUGCGACCCCCUCACCACCGGCGCGAUACGAAAGAGUGACCAGCUGUUACCCUACUUUGUCAUGACCAUCACCGGUUCCGUCCCUGCACUGCCUGGUAUUUUUAUGAGCGGCGUAUUUAGCGCUGCGUUAAGCUCCAUGUCUACCGGUCUUAAUUCCAUGUGUGGAGUCAUUUUCGAGGACCUCAUCCGACCGGCGUAUAAUAAACCAAUAUCGGAAAAGACAGCAAGUUUUAUUAUGAAGGUUAUCGUCGUUGUUAUUGGAGCAACUUGCGUAGCUCUUGUCUUCCUGGUGGAGCACAUGGGAGCCCUGAUCCAAGCUGGUAAAAGCCUGGCUGGUAUAACUGCUGGGAGCCUGUUGGGCCUCUUUACUAUGGGUCUUUUUCUACCGUGGAUAAACGCGACGGGUGCGCUAGCAGGAGGCACCACAUCGACCCUACUCGUGGGUUGGAUCUCUCUUGGGACCCAAGCUGCUAUGCUGCGUGGGGAUAUAGUCAUAGUCCCAAAACCAGUUAGUGUAUCUGGGUGUGAAGGAAACUUUACCUUGCCCACUACCACACACUCUUCUGUAGAAUUUGACAGGUCUGGUACGUUCUUCAUGUAUCGAUUGAGCUACUUAUACUAUACUUUUAUAGGAAUGACAGUUUGUAUCAUAACUGGUGCCAUAGUUUCAUAUUUUACUCAACCCAAUAAUCCUGCUAUGGUACAUAGAGAUCUGCUAACGCCAGUCAUCCACCGUUUCUUACCCCCACAAAGUCCAAACUGUACGAGACCAAGACUCACUCAGCACGAUAUCGAGAUUCAUGCGAGAGAAAUGGAGCACUUGUGUACACAAGCCGCUUUCAUGAGAGAUGCAGCAGACAUCGACUUCUUAUCAACAAAAUCCAAAAGCAACCUCGUCCAAUGACUGUUCUCUAUCAUUCCUUAAUCAAAAUUUUACUCUGCAAACUUCUAGAAAUUCUCCUUUGUUAAUUUAAAAUGCAUUUCUUUUUUAAUGUUGCUCUUGUAUAAAACCCUUCUUAUGUCUGUUAUAAUCGAACGAUGUUAUUAAA